AGUGGCGAGUUAACGGCGCGUAACGAUAUUGCAAGUCAAGAUUGAUCUGCUUAUACACAACUGGGUUGAGGUAACCCGUAGAGUUUUGCCUGUAGCGUCGGGUUUCACUCACUUCCCAGGAUAUCGAUCUCUGACAGGCGGUUCACUUUUCUCUUCGUUUCGGUUUGUUUUGUUUUUAUAUAUAUAUAUCCGGAAGGACUGUUUUACCUGCGGAUCUGUUAUGAAUGUAAGUGUCACACGUGUACGUCAAAAGUCACGUGUUAUUCGCAUUAAGGUAGGAUUGUGAUCGUGUUUGUGCAUUAAAAAGUGACACUCUUCAACAUCCAACGAUUCGCCACACGUGCUGUCGAUCUUGUUAGUUCGGGAUAUAUACCUGGCGGUGUGGAUUCUUUCUGUAACAACCAACUGUUUAUUUGUGUCACAUACCUGUCGCAGAUUUGUCCGGUGAUCCAGUUGACCUUUGACCUCUGACCUCGUAGCAGCAGGUUUCAGCAGCAUCGUGGUGUAGGAUCCACUAAUGAACCACACUGAAAAGUAGCAUUCACGGAAUUAUGUCCGGUUUCGUUCGUACUAAGGACUUCGACCAACUUCGGGACGACCUCGUGAGAGCUCGGUCUCUCUUCGUUGACCCCGAGUUCCCUCCGGACGUAAAAAGUUUGUACUACAAUGGACGUAUCCCCUCCAGGAUAGGACGGAUCGUGUGGAAACGACCCAGGGACAUUGUGCAGAACCCCCGGUUCAUUGUCCAGGGGGCGCGGAGAAGCGAUCUGGCCCAAGGAUCUCUAGGAGACUGUUGGUUCAUAGCUGGCGCUGCGACACUCGCCACGGGUCACCGGAAGCAGUUUUUGAGAGUAGUUCCGGGUGACCAGGACUUUGACGAGAAGUAUGCCGGAAUCUUCCACUUCAACUUCUGGUGGUACGGCAAGUGGGUUGAAGUGAUCAUUGACGACUAUUUGCCGACAGACGGCUACAAUCUGAUAUUCGGCUACAACCGAGAGAGGAAGGAUGAAUUCUGGUCACCACUGAUCGAGAAGGCGUACGCUAAACUGCGCGGCUGUUACGAGGCCCUGGACGGCGGCAAGCUGCAGGACUCGAUGGUCGACUUUACUGGUGGGAUCUCCGAGGUGAUCGACCUGAAGGACAAGGCGAACAUUCCAGGUGACCUGUACGAUCUCCUCUACAAGGCAUUCAGCAUGAACUCCAUGAUGGGCGGCAGUAUCUACCAAAAACAGCGCUCUUCUCCUGAUCAGUGGGAGACAAGACGGCCGAACGGACUUUAUGAAGGUCACGCCUACAGCAUUACCGGAUUUAGCCGAAUUACCAGUGGCGGUCGCGAAUAUCGGUUAAUGCGCUUGCGCAAUCCCUGGGGUCGCGCGGAGUGGAAUGGGGCGUGGUCAGACCGCUCACCCGAGAUGACGUAUCUCUCUGAAGAAAUUAAAAAUGAUAUCAAGUUUCGCAGACGUGAAGACGGAGAAUUUUGGAUGGAGUUUGAAGACUUCAUGCCCAACUUUGACGAGAUAAACAUGUGCCAUCUCCAGCCUGACGCGCUCACGGAGGAGAUAGCAGAAGACGAGGCUAAACAACGUUGGAAUGUGACCGUGUAUCAUGACGCCUGGAUACGUGGGGUGACAGCUGGGGGCUGUGGUAACCCUCCAUAUGACAAGGAAUACUGGUACAAUCCACAGUUCUUUGUGACUCUGAGAGACGUGGACGACGACCAGUCCAGGAACUCGUGCACGCUCAUUGUGUCGCUUAUGGAGAAGGAAAAGGGAAACGCUACAAACCUAGCCAUAGAAUUCAAUGUAUAUCAGUUAAAAUAUCCAGACCGCAAACCGUUGAACGGCGAUCGAGCUGCGAGGAACGCCUUGAGGUUGAAAGCCAAGGGCGGAAGCUACGUUUACUACCGGGAAGUGACGAGGAGGAUGGAGCUACCCCCGGGCGUGUACGUCAUCAUACCAACCACUUUCGAGGCUUUCAAAGAAGGAGAGUUCCUCCUGAGAAUCUUCACCGAGAAGGCGGUGGACAGUGGAGUUCUAGACGAGGAUGAAAGCCCAACACUUACAGAAGAUCCCCUAUCGCCAACACGCCCAGGGGAGAACACGUUCACGGACGUGUUUCUCAAACACGUCGGAAGAGACCGCAAACUGGACGCCAGGGAACUCAAGGCGUUCCUCCUUGAUAUGUCAGUGAUAGAGUUCAAAGAGAAGACCCAUUUCAACACGGAGUCGUGUCGCAGUCUCCUCACGAUGAUAGACAACAACAGAUCAGGAAUGCUGGAUUUGGAUGAAACACGAAUGUUAUGGAAAGAUGUGAAAACAUACAGAGAUAUCUUCAUUAGAUUCGACAAAGACAGGUCGGGGACUGUCGACACGUUUGAACUGAACUCUAUGUUUGGUGCUUUAGGUUUCCCGGUUAACCGCGCCGUUCUGACGUCCAUCGUCCGGCGAUAUGGCGGGCGAGACAGCAAGAUUUCACUGCAAGACUUCGUCAUAGUCAUCUCGAAACUCAUCCUUAUGUAUAACAUAUUUCUGGAGCAGCAGAAGGCCACGCGAGGAAAGGACGGUAUAGCGACUUUCACACGAAACGAGUUCUUGCAAUACACAAUGUACUGCUGAUGACAAAUAUCAACACGUGAAUCCUUGUGGGCUUGGUCCGACAUGAAUAUAGCAUGGUGAACAGAACGGCUAUUGCUGUAUGAUGCUCGGGGGAAAUGACAAUUCAGUGUUGAAGUUCCAAUGGUUCUGACCCCGAUGUUGUCUUUCACAAUCACUAUUUUAUUACUUCACACAUUCCAUGUACAGAUGGGAGAGGCACCAUUCUCCUGUUUCCAACACAGACGACGAAACCAACAAAUGUUUUAGAUUUGAAAUGCGUUUAUAUUAUGUAGCUGGAGUAGAGUCUAUAUACUGCAAUACCCGAUUCUGUCGAGUUUUCUCUUGUUUUGUCACUACCCAGAGUUACUUAGGAUUUUAUAUGAUCGAGAUGCAAUAUAUAUUGGUAAAAUGUAACGGUUUGUUGGUGUAUGGUGUUAAAAGUGUAUUUGUAUUAGUUUUCAAACAUAACACCCAGAUAGAUUUAUGCAUGGAUAUGUAUUUGUGAUUAAGCCACUUGAAUGACUACUCUGUUUUUUUCGUCUUAAAUUCGAGCUACGGCAUUUUGCGUUCCAAGUACAAUCAUUACUAAGUAUUAAUUAGUAUUAUGCAUUAAUUUACCUCAUUCUUCACAAGUAUUCACAAACUGACCUGAGCCUACACGAUCAUGGUCACGUGAUCGAUAUGUCCCUUCUGAGGUUUGCUUUUCAAGACAUAUUCGCUACCAAUGCGCUUUUUUAGCAAACUUUACUUUAUGCUUUUAUAAAAUAACAUAGAGGCCUUAAAUACUAAUUAUUAGUUGAGCACCAUUUGCGUUGAACUUUCGUUUAACUUUUGGCAGGUCUAUGGUCGAAAUAACUAUUAUAAGUCGCAACAAUUCUGUCAAAAUUUCAUUUCAUUUCAAGUUAUUUUCGUGAUAAAAUCCAAUUAAGGUUGAAGCACCCUGUCCUGGGCACACACAUCAUUAACUGGGAAUGUGGUUCAGAACACCAGUUAGUUGUUAAUGGCAGAUAUUAAAUAAGAACAUUUUUCGUUUGAUGUUUACAAAAACCUAGAGUAAAGUCUAUUGGUGUUUACACAUUCAGAAAUGUCUUCCCAUUACACACUUGGAGAAUACUACAUUAGGCCUAGUUGCCGUUAGAUACCGUUUAACGUAUGCUAGUCUCAGAAUACCAACUGCCAGUACAACGUUGUCCAAAUUUCUGCUCUCACUUCUACGACUGUCCAAUUGCUAGUCUGAGCGCUAUUACAACUCGAUUCUCACCGUAUAACCCAUUAGUUGUUAAUCUGAGCGCGCCCGUCGUAAGUCGGGAGUUGGGCAAAUUUACAACGUAACCGUCGAGUUGGCCAACUUCGUCGUGACAGUUGAGAGUCUGACGCUAGCAUUAGUCACAUAGCGAUCGUGCUUUUUUUUUCAUUGGAUGUAUGACAUUGGCGACCUGGACAUCACCUAGGAGCUACAAAUGGUUGUCACAUGUACAUGUGUUAUUACUCUGUGUUAUCACAAAUAGCGAACGAUGUUCUCCCCCAUCAGGUGUGUAAGAAAAUGACAGAUUAAUCCAUUGUCUGUUUCCAAGACGACAAACUGAGGAGAUUCCCUUUAUAUUUGUUACAUUUCCGCCAUUUCUUUUCACAUUUAGAUAAUUUACAAAUAGUCAUCUUACUGUAAUAAAUACGGUGCUAUAAUUAAUAUAUAUAUAUAUAUAUAUAUAUAUAUAUAUACAUACAUUUUCAUAUCUAUACCUUUGUGUACAUAUUACCCAAGACGUUUAUGUUGAGUUUUAUUCAACUCCAACUGUUUCACACCAAAGGCGUUUGACUUUAUUAUAGCUGCAAUCUCAGGGCCGUAACUAGGAUUUUUUGUUGGGGGGGGGGGGGGGGGAGUUAGUAGUUAAUAGUCUAAAACUCUUUAAGCGGUUAAGAAGAGAAUUUUCUUUAAGUUUCUAUUAAAAAAAAUCGGAUUUUUUUUCUGGGGGAGGCAACUGUCCAACCCCCCCCCCCCUCCGCUAGCUACGUCCCUGAAUCUCGAGUAUAUUGUGUUUGGUAUUGAAUCAUUAAGCACAAAUCAUAUGUAAAAAAUAAUAAUAAUACCGUGAUGCACCAUUCUUCGGGUUUUGAAUGUCAUAAUCUGUAAUCUAGGUAAAGUAACAAACCCAGUUGUUGUGUUUUUUGUUGUUCUUGUUGGGUUUUUUUUUUUGGGGGGGGGGGGGGGG